AUGUACAGAUUGGCUCGACGUACCAAGAACAAUCCAGUCUUGAUUGGUGAAGCAGGUGUCGGCAAAACUGCAAUUGCUGAGGGCUUGGCUCAGCGUAUUGUGGCAAAUGAAGUGCCCGAAUCAAUUCAAGGAAAGAGAGUUAUAGCUUUGGACUUGGGUGCUCUCGUUGCAGGUGCAAAGUAUAGAGGUGAAUUUGAGGAUCGGCUCAAAGGCGUUUUGAAGGAAGUGUCCGAGUCAGAGGGAAACAUUAUCCUGUUUGUAGACGAAAUUCACACAUUGCUUGGUUUGGGCAAAUCUGAAGGUGCCAUGGAUGCCAGCAACUUGCUCAAGCCUGCAUUAGCAAGAGGCCAACUGCGAUGUGUAGGUGCCACUACCAUUGAUGAAUACCGCAAAUACAUCAUGCAAGAUCCUGCUUUGGCUCGUCGUUUCCAGCAAGUCAUGGUUGAGGAACCCUCCGUUCAGGAUACAAUCUCUAUUCUACGUGGUCUCAAGGAACGUUACGAAGUACAUCAUGGUGUGCGUAUCUCUGAUGCAGCCAUCGUAGCUGCCGCCAUCCACUCUCAUCGAUACAUUGCAGACCGCUUCCUCCCUGACAAAGCUAUUGAUCUGAUUGAUGAAGCAUGCUCCAAGCUUCGUCUUCAACAAGAAAGCAAGCCUGAAGCUCUUGAAAACCUCGAUCGCCAAAUCAUGACUCUUCAAAUUGAAUUGGAGAGUCUGCGAAAGGAAACGGAUGUGAUGUCUGUUGAACGUCGCGACAAGCUAAAGCAAGAUCUCGAAAACAAGCAAAAGGAGAGCGAGCGUCUGUCUGCUGUUUGGAACACGGAGCGUCAGAAACUGGAUGAAAUCAAAAAGAUCAAGGAAGAUUUGGAGAAGGCCCGUGUUGAUUUGGAACAAGCUCAGCGUGCAGGCAAUUUUCAACGUGCCUCUGAAUUAAGAUAUGGUGUCAUCCCCAACUUGGAGAAACAGCUGCCAACCGAAAGCCAAGCCGACGACGAGAAUACCGAGUCCUUUAUCCAUGAGAGAGUAACAUCCAACGAUAUCGCUCGUGUGGUUUCUCAAAUGACUGGUAUUCCCGUCCGCAAUCUGCUCAAGGGAGAACGCGAGAAGCUGCUGCACAUGGAGGACGUCAUGACAGAGCGUGUUGUGGGCCAAGAUGAAGCUAUCCACGCUGUCGCUGAUGCUGUUCGUUUGAGUCGUGCUGGUCUGCAAAACCCUAGUAAACCCAUCGCUUCCUUUUUGUUCCUGGGUCCUACCGGUGUUGGUAAAACUGAGCUCUGCAAGACCAUUGCCAAGUUCUUGUUUGAUACUGAGAAUGCCAUUGUUCGAGUGGAUAUGUCAGAAUACAUGGAGAAGUUUAGUGUCAGUCGUUUGAUCGGUUCCCCUCCAGGCUACGUGGGCCAUGAAGAAGGCGGUGAAUUGACUGAAGCUGUUCGUCGUCGCCCAUACGCGGUGGUCUUGCUGGAUGAAAUGGAAAAGGCACACCGUGAUGUAUCCAACAUCUUGUUGCAAGUCCUGGAUGAUGGUGUCUUAACCGAUACAAAGGGUCGCAAAAUCGAUUUCCGUAACACCAUCAUUAUCAUGACAUCCAAUUUGGGCGCUGAGGCUCUGGUGCAUGAUACCAACCAAGAAGGUGUUGUCAGCACGCGUGCCAAGGAAAGUGUAAUGGACGCUGUCAGACAUAGUUUUGCACCUGAAUUCGUCAAUCGUAUUGAUGAGAUGGUCAUCUUUAAUCGACUUUCAAAGAAUGCAUUGCGUGAUAUAGUGGAUGUGCGUAUCAAGGAAGUGGAAGAACGUACAGCAGAUCGUCGCAUCAAGAUUGAUGUUGAUUUGCAGGCAAGAGACUGGCUGGGAGAGCGUGGUUACGAUCCUGCCUAUGGUGCCCGUCCUUUGAAUCGCUUGAUUCAAAAGAAGUUAUUGAAUCCCUUGGCUCGCCUUUUGAUUGACGGCGGUGUACGUACAGGAGAAACAGCAAAGGUUACUGUGGAAACUCUGGACAAUGGUGAAACUGAAUUGGUCAUUCAACGAAAUCAUGCUCCUGGUACCGCCAGUACUGAAGAAGAAAACUUGACAAAGAAGCACUUGGCCCCUGUUGGAGAUGAAGAGGCCGUUCUGGAAGAGGAUGGAUUGAACAAGGAGAAAAAGAAUGACGAUGGAGAGUUGUUCUAA